AGCAUGGACGUGCUCAUCGUGGGCGCCGGCACAAUAGGCCUCUCCUCCGCCUACCACCUCGCGCAGCGCGGCUACACCGUCACCUGCCUCGACGCUCACCCCGUCCCCAGUCCCCUCUCCGCCGGUUUCGAUAUCAACAAAAUCGUUCGCACCGAAUAUGACACCGAGCUCUACACGCGCAUCGCCCACGAGGCAAUCAACAUGUGGCGCACUCCUCCAUUCAGCGGCGCCUUUCACGAAACGGGCUGGCUGACUGCCACGAGCAUCAGCGAUCCGGAGAAAUCAACCUUCAACAAGUCCGUGGAGAACACAAUCAGAUACGGAGAUCCGUCCCGACUCGUCCGGCUCCGGACGGUGGAAGAGAUCAAGGCCAAGGUCCCGAUCCUCUCCGGGGACAUGACCGGCUGGACGGGCGUAUACAACGGGAACGCAGGCUGGUGUGACUCGUCGUUGGCCCUCAGAUUAGUCCAGCAGGCGUGUGUGGAGCUCGGGGUCAAUUUUGUGCAUGGUCCCGCCGGCACGGCCAAAGGUCUUUCGCGGCGUAGCGACGGGACUGUGGACGGGGUCACCACACAAGACGGUAUCAUUCACAGGGCAAGCAAAAUCGUACUCUCGCUAGGGGCUUGGUCGGAGUCUUUCCUUGACGAACCCGCUUUGAACUUUGGCGGCCAAUUACUCGGUGUCGGCGUGAUGACGGCUCAUAUACAGCUCAACCCCGAGGAAGCUGCACGCUACAAGUCGCUUUGCGUCGUUGAUUGCGAAGGGAUGGGAUAUUUCUUCCCCCCCACCGAUACCGGAAUUCUCAAACUCUGUGAUCUCUCUCCCGGGCGACCCAAUAUGCGGCACGCGGGUGACGGAAGCGAACGCAGCGUGCCCGUUGAUCCUCAGCAGGGUGUCCCAGAAGAUAUUCGACGAACAGGUGAACAAGGUGUUCGCCGACUGCUGCGAGCAACACUGCCUGAGCUAGCCAAUAAGCCGUUCCAGACCUUCAAGGUACGUCCAUUGUUCCGGGGAGAUUGCUUCGAAUGUGCCACGAUCAUACUUGCGCAGGCAUGCUGGGACUCGGAGGCUUUCGAUGGUAGCUGGAUCAUAAGCCCGCACCCUGCAUCACCUUGCACACUGUUCAUUGCCACCGGAGGAUCUCGUCAUACUUUCAAGAACCUGCCGAAUGUUGGUCAGUAUGUAGCAGACAUGAUCGAAGACAAGUUGCCCAAAGAGUUGAAGGAAGAAUGGAGGUGGCGAGCGGACAAAGUAGAAGGAAAUGAAUGGAAUGGGAGAAACAGCUGGGAGUGAUUACACCGGUGACUUAGAUGGGUGAUCGCAAGGCGUCGUAUACGACGCUGAACCAUGGGAUUGUUGUGUAUGUAUGUGCUGCUUCGAG